UCAACCCCAACUAAGAAAAAAAGAUAAAAAAAAAAAACAAUGAUGCCAUUGCAAACGCAAUCCUUGUGGCCUUGUAGAUUUGCUUGCGUAGGCUUACACAACAAUAACAGAAGAAGCAGAACAAGUGCAACAACAGUGAGAGUGAGAGCAAUGCGUGCGGUGGUUCAGCGCGUGGAAUCUGCUUCCGUCGAAGUCGAAGGUCGCAUCGUAUCAGAGAUUGGUCCCGGUCUUCUCGUUCUCGUCGGAAUUCAUGAUUCCGAUACCGAAUCCGACGCCGAUUACAUAUGUCGAAAGGUGUUGAACAUGAGACUAUUCCCAAAUGAAGAUACUGGUAAAGCAUGGGACCACAGUGUUGUGCAGAAAAAUUAUCAGGUUUUACUUGGUAAAGUAUGCAACCACCACAAUUUUCAAAGAUUUUUGAGUCAAUUUACGUUGUAUGGAUUCUUGAAGGGUAACAAGCCAGAUUUCCAUGUGGCAAUGGCGCCUCAAAGAGCCAAGCCCUUCUAUGCCUCUUUAGUGGACAGAUGGUGUAUUUGGAGCUAUGAUGAAGGUAAAUUUGGUUAAUGAUGGACCGGUUACCAUGCAGCUUGAUUCACAGUCACCCAAGUGAGUUGAUGAUAUUAGUUUUGAAAAUGUGUCUUUUCUGGUAUGAGAUUGUCAUUGACAAUUCAAAUCAUUCAGAAAUACAGUUGAUGCAGCAAAAUCUUGAUUGGAAGCUGAUUUUGAUUUGAUGAGCAUGAAUUUGAAUUCUGACUCGUUUGGCAACAAGACCAAAUGUAAGAAAUUAUUUUGUUGUAUUCUACUUUGAGCUCUUUCUUUCCGAUGCAGUAAAUUAUCAUUUCAUCUAUUCAGCUCAAAGAAUGAUUAUGUUAGUCCUUUUCUGUUCUGUGAGCUGACAAUAGAGUUUGUAUCCUUUGCAAAAAAAAUAGAGUUUGUAUAUUUUUUGGACAAACUAAUACCUGAUGACAGUUAUCCCGAAUAGCUGAUAAUACCUGAAGGUCUAUUGAUCUUAUGCUGUGUUAUAUAUUGAUAAAUUAAAAAUUUAAGCCUGUUAACUUUGUUUAGAAUAUUUAAUGUACACCCAAUUUUUUUAAUAAAGUUUUGGUGGUUCAUACUCUCCA